CAGGGGCAUAUUUACCACAAGGCAAACAAGGCAUUUGCCUAGGGUGGCAUUUUUUUAGGGGGGCAGCACUGCCCCCUGGAAGAAAGGGCAUAUGCUGCAUGGGGACCGGGUGGGAUCCGAGAGAGGCUGCGGGCUGAUUGAUGGUGUAUGCAGAGCCUGAUUGUCGUUCCCGGGGGUGUCUGGAGCUGUGAAGGUGAGUGUCUUUCUCUCUGUUGCUGGGGGAAGGGGGCGGUGGUGGGGUUGGGGUGGGGGGGCUGGUGUUGGUCGGUGUCAGGCUCUCUCCACUGGGGA